UAUAGAUGUAGUUUUCCUUAUCUCUGUCUCACGCCAAGGUUGCAGCAGCAGAGGCUGAGCGAGAGAGAAACCAGUGAUGAAUUGUUUGUCACUUCAAUCGUUCAUUUGGAUUCCAUCAACAUCUAAGUAUGAAAAACACAGCAACCAUCAAAAGAAGUUCCAAAUUGCGGUGUCUAAAAGAGAUACUGACGCUGAAUUUUCUUUGUCCUUUUCUUGUCUUCCUUCAUUCAAUGCUAUUCACAAAACAGUUCCUUUGGCUGCUUCAAUCGCAAUUCUUCUCUGGUCACCCCCUGCACACGCUGGGUUCAUGUCAGGAAUGACCGGAAUAGAAUCUGUUCCUGGUCCGCAGCUUCCUCAGAUUGAUUUUCUCACUCGCCUAAAUGAGGAAAACCAGAAGAAAUAUGCUGAAAAUGAUGCAAGAUUUAAAUCAUCUCCUUUGUUGAAGAAAUUGCUUGAGCAAUCCAAGUUGAACAAAGAGAAGAAUCGUCGAGAAAUAGAAAACAAGUACUGCAUACGCGGCGCGGAAUGGGGAGUUGGUGAUUGCUCAGCAGAGGGAUUGACUCCAGAGGAAAGGGAGAACUUCAUAGCAAUGUUGAAGCAGAAUGCUGCAGAAUUAGAAAAGUAAGAUGAUGCUGCUAUAGCAUUAGGGAAAGAACAUUGUAAACUGUUGUUUAUAUAUUGUGAUUGAAACGGAGGUUUGCUUUGUAGUAUGUAGGGUAAUGCUUGGUGAGGCAAGUUAGUUCUCCAUUAGAAUCUUUUUAAACUUUGUUUUUUGAAACUCAUUCAUUAUUAUUACACAUUAUUACAUUUACAAAUA